AUGUUUCAAAAUGGGUUUCAGAACAAGCCCUGGAAGCGAGAUGCAGAUGAGCCGUCUGGAAAGGGUACUGUACAAGUACGCAGUACGAAGGCACUCGAGUCCCUAGAAUCAACCCUCCACCUCCGCAACAAAUCUUCAACGAUACAGCACGAUUCAUAA